AUGUCUCGUAUACCCAAACGCCGGAUUCUAACUCUUCCAGCGAUCCAUCCCUGCGAGUCCGUCUCCCCCGCCGCCCUCCUCCACGCCCUCAUCGCUCUAUGCCGCGAUAUCGCGGCCCAUCGCUCCCACGCCUUCCCAAUUCACCGACGAAGCGCCCGCGAAACCAUCCGGCAGGUCGGCGCCAUCCUCGAAUUCCUGGACGAUAUCCGCGAUCGCGGAGCCACCCUUCCCGGCUCCGUGGUCGUGAGCUUCUCCGAGCUCCACGUCACUCUCCAGAAGAUCCGGCACCUCCUCCAUGACUGCGCCCGGCGGGGCACCCGCCUCUGGCUCCUAAUGCGGUCAGACCGGGUGUCGUGCGAUUUCCGGAUCCUCAUCCGGUCAAUCGCCACCGUCCUCGAUGUCCUUCCUUUGGAGUCGAUCGAUGCGGCGCCGGAAGUCAAGGAGUUGAUCCGGCUUGUCAAGAGGCAAGCGUGGAAGGCGGCAAUCGAGACCGACCCUGCCGACAACCGGGCGGUGCGGAGCGUAGGGUCGAUGCUGAGCCAAUUCAGGAAUGGUGUCGCUCCGGCUCGAAGCGAUCUCAGGCGGCUGUUGGAGCACUUGCACAUUCGAAGCUGGUCGGAUUGCAACGAAGAGAUCGCAUUCUUGGAAGAGGAGAUCUUUGCAAGCCCGGAUGAUGACGAUGAUAAAGUGGCCCUCCUCGGUAGCUUGAUGGGAUUCAUGGUCUACUGCCGCGUGGUUCUGUUUGAUGCCAUGGACGGCAACAGGAGCGAUCACAAGGAAUGCAAGCUCCAAGAAGAAGUCAUCGAACAUCUGUACCUAGAAGAUCUGCGGUGCCCGAUCUCUCUCGAGCUCAUGACAGACCCUGUAACAUUGGCUACAGGGCAGACCUACGACCGCGCAUCGAUAGUAAGAUGGUUCAAAGCCGGGUAUCUCACAUGCCCGGUAACCGGCAAGAAGCUGGCCGGCACAGAAUUAGUCCCCAACGUGACAAUCCGAAAGCUUGUCGAGCAAUUUUGCCACAGCAACAACAUAUCAAUCACCAACGCAAGCGUCCAACAGAAACGAGAUCUCGCCAGGACCGUCUCACCCUUCAGCCCAGCAGCAGCAGGAGCCAUGAGAAUGGCUGCUGCUUUCCUGGUUGACAAGCUCUCGAAUGGACCAAACCUAGAGAAGCACAGAGCAACUUAUGAAAUCCGAAAGCUUUCCAAGUCCAACCUCUUCUACAGAGCUUGCUUGGUGGAAGCCGACUCAAUUCCAUGGCUUCUCUAUCUACUCUCCUCAGGAGAUCCUUCGAUUCAGGAGCAUGCAGUGGCUGGCCUCUUGAACCUUUCCAAGCAUCCUCAAGGUCGCAAGGCUAUCUUCGAAACUGGCGGCCUAAGUCUGAUAGUUCAUGUCAUCAAAACGGGUUUAAAGAUGGAUGCCAAGCAGAAUGCAGCAGCGGUCCUCUUCUACCUUUCAUCAGUUGAAGAGUACCGAGUAGACAUUGGAGAAAUCCCAGAGGCGAUUCCAACACUCAUAGGGCUGUUAAGAGACGGUGCAUACCGAGGAAAGAAGAAUGCCUUGGUUACUUUAUUUGGACUGCUUCUGCAUCAUGGCAACCACCCAAAGGUAUUGGCAGCAGGAGCAAUCCCGGUUCUCGCCGAUCUUUUGCAGACCAAAAGGGAGGAUCUUGUUAUCGAUUCUGUUGCGGUUCUUGCGACAAUAGCAGAAAAACAGGAAGGAACAAAUGCAAUUUUGAGGUCUGCUGUCAUUCCUCAUGUUGUUGAAGUUCUCCGGUCCACCCCAUCCCGGUCUACAAGGGAGUCCUGUGUCUCUAUCUUGCUGUCUCUGUGCAACAAUGGUGGCUCAAAAGUGGUGAGUCUACUAGAGAAAAUGCCUUCACUUAUGCCAUCACUAUACUCCCUUGUCACAGAAGGCUCUCCUCAGGCUGGUAAGAAGGCCAGGUCACUGCUCAAUCACAUCCACAGCUUCCAAGAGCAAGGCCGCCAUGCCAUUUUGACACAACCAAUCCAAGAUGACAUUGUUCAUGCACAAUGA